UUGCUGCGCCUGGGGCAACUGGCGCUGGGCGCUGCCUUCUGGGUGACGGUGGCGGCUAACAAGUACGAGGGGGCGGCCCACUUCGCCCUCUUCGCCGCCGUCCUGGUCUGGCUCCUCACCCUGGCCCUUUUCGGGCUGAGCCUGCUGGGGCGCUGGGAGCUGGUGCCCUGGCUGGGCUCCCGCUGGCUCCUCACCAACCUGGUGCACGACCUGGCGCUGGGUGUGGGGCUUUAUGCAGCCGCCACUGGCAUCAUGGGCCACAAGGCCGGUCAGAGAAGCUAUUGCAACCUGCCAGGCUACAGCCAGCACUGCCUCUACGGUGCCUACCUGAGUGCCUCUGUCUGCGGGGGCAUCACUGCCUGCCUGUACCUCUUCUCCGGGCUCUACUGCCUGUCACGGCGUUGCCGGGACCAGCGUGACAUCAUCUGAGACCUUGAGCCACUUGGCUCCCCUUCUUCUCGCUCACGGACAGAGCACAGCCCCUCUCUGGGACAAAGUGACCCUGCUGCCCCAUCCCCUCCUGGCUGACUGCACUGCAACUCCUCCAGAGACCCCUGCACAGAUGGAUGGACAGACAGAGGCCUUCCCCAAGCACACCUUUCCCUGCAACGCACCGAGACAUCAUGGACACCCAGCCACUGUACAGGCCCUUCUCCCACCUCUGAACCUAAGGAAGGACCCAAGUGGAGAGCCCCUAAGAGGGAUAUCAAUUUUUGGGAGCCCCUCCAGGACCUCUGCCAAACUCCCCUGCUCCCGACCUUGCAGACGCUGCAUGCUCAGGUGGGUGCUGACCUCUCCUCAGGGUGGAGGGGAACUGGCCUAGGAGAGCUGAGAAGGGGGGCAGUGGUGCCUAGUGGGGUUGGCUGGGCAUAAAAACCACCCCAACCCACUGGCAGCCCCUUCUCGCCAUUCCAGCUGCGUGGCGCCUCUGCAAUUCCCUAACAGAGGCUCUGAACUCGGCUUCCCCAGCCCGGGCCCCUCCUUCUGUCUGGCCUGAAAACAUCCUUCAUCUUAUCGGAUCCCUGCGGGGCUCAGCCCGUCCCUGCCCUGCACUCUGGGGGUGUGGAGACACCCGGGUACCACACGACCAGACCCAGCAUCACCCCAGGCCCCCGGACACAACCCAGGUCCAGUCUGGGGUCUGAGCAGGGCAGCAAGGCCUCCAUCACUGCAGGACAAGGGGAAGGACGAGUGGGGUCUUACCCUGGGCGGGGGUAAAUUCCUCCAACCUUGGAGUUUGUACAGCCCCAGGAUGGGGCCAGGUGCCCCUGGGGGUUGAAGGGGCCAGUCUUGGGGUCAUUCUCCUGCUGUUCUGCAGAGAGGUUUGUGGCUCUGAGCCACCCAGAGCCACUGAAGCAGACUGGGGCCAGGCUGCUCCAAAAGGAACAGGCACAGCCUCGCUGAUGUUUCUGGAGGCUGGCCUGCAGCCCUGCCUGGCUCUGCUGCACUUGGUUUAUCAUCCCAGAAGAUUCUGAUCUCUGGACUCUCUGACUUCAUCUUGGGACCAGGCAGCGCCUGGAGACUGUGGCAAGGUGGAAGGGUGAGCAUGGCAGCAUGGCAGUGCUGGGCUGCUGCUGGCACUCUGGCCAUGGGGGAACUGGGACCGGGCAUUGUGGGGGGACAGCCUGUCUUGGAGAACAGGAGAAGAGGACACUGCCACUGGAACCAGCCCAGCCUUGGAUCAGCCUCCACAAUCCACCAAGGGCCAAGCCCUGAGGAGGCCAUGUAGGGCCAACUGGAGAAACAGGCAGCCAGAGACAGAAUUUUUGGAGGAGCACCACACCAGGGCUGCCCUGCCACAAGCCCUCCUAGCCCUGCCUGGAGGCAGAUCCUCUCCUUUGGUCUUGGUGCGAGGGAGGGUCUGCCCCAGUCUCUGUAUGGGCUCAGAUCAGUGGGGUGGGUGUCCCCAGCAGCUGGCCACAGGGUCUGGCUGUUGCCUGGGGUUCCCUGGUGCCUUUUUUAGGGUGGAGAGCAGCAGCUGUGAUCCUCCUGGGGCUUGAAGGGGUUUGGGGUUGGUACUGGGUCCCCGCUUCCAUCAUGAGGUGCUGUCCCAGCAGAUAUCUGUUGUGCUCAGGGGCCCUGCCAACCCCUGGGCCAUGUGUCUCUUCCCUGGGUGGGAUGUGCCAUCCCUGCCCUGUCAGGGCUGGUCCCUGACAUCACCUGCCUCCGCCUGUUCUGGUGUAGUCCCUGGCCCAGGCUGCCCAAAAUGCCCUCUGUGCUUCUGCCAGCACAAGUGCCUUUCUCUGGCUUUCUGCAGCCCUGUCUGUCAUGCUGGCUCUGUCCCCCUACAGCCUCCUCUCUGGUGCCCGUGGAUUCACAUUCCAAAUAAAGCAAUGUUGGAGCUCA